AGGCGGAUUGGUGGAGAUGGAGGCAGACAGCAAAACUGAUUGUUGCCUACCAGAUGAUAUUGCACUGGAACUAGGGAACAUUGGCAUACAAGUUGAGAAAUCGUUCUCAGAUGCUCGAGACAUCGAGUUUGCAGUGAAAGAAGGCCGGAUCUACUUGCUUCAAGCUCGACCAAUCACGUCUCUCGAUAAUGAGUCUGAGUUUGAGCUCAUGCAUGAACACGACGGCCCGUUGUUGACGGACAGUGAGAUGUUCACCAAUGCCAACACAGGAGAAAUGAUGCCGCAGGCUAUGACACCGCUCACCUGCGAUGUAUUUAUUUCCUCCUUGCUGGUCUUAUGCAGGUCCUGCGAGUUGAACUGUUGGGCAGCGAAGCAGUCCAAAACACCUACGUAGAAUUACACGGAUUAACAUUCUUCAAACACUUCAUUUUCAACAUGUAUAACGGUAUGUAUUACAUAAAUGAAUACACGACAUUAUUCGACACAGAAAAGCCAAAGGUUGAAUGUGAGAUCCAGCUGUACGGAAAACCGCUGGGAAAUGAAAAUUUAGACACGAUCCAUGCCCGUUACAGAAAUAUUCGUGUCUCGUUGUACCAGAAAAUUAUGGGAACCCUGCAGAUGUACAUAUAUGCGCUUAGAGGAAAGCACUACAUUCAGCAAGGUAAUACCGUAGUCAAAUCGGCGAACACAGACUUCAGUACCACAGACAUACGAUUGCUGUAUCAACAACUUGAUAAACUCAUCCAGACGAGUAGCGAGGCAUGGUACUGCCACUUGCAAGCUUCAAUGACAUCCAAUAUGACCGGUGCAAUAAUCCAACACAUUUUGGACACUGGUCGAAGACAAGAUUACGCCAUCCUAAUGUCUGAAGUUGCCAACCUCCUAUCAACUUGCCCAGACGUAUUGAGUGCUGACGUACCAUAUUCUCUGCGGAAAAUUGCGGGAAUGGUGAUUGACAGCGGUAAAGCCGAGUUCUUUCAGUCAUUGUCGGCAAAGGGGGCAGCCCAGUGGCUACAGACAGAUGACAGCGGAGAGCUGAAGAAUGAGUUUGCAAAAUUUAUAGAGACGCAUGGACACAGAUGCGUGCGCGAGUCGGAACUCUGGGAAAAACCAUGGAGAAUGGAGCCAACAAAGGUUGUCAAAACAAUACAGGAUAUGACAAAGUCACCAAACGAGAUGAAGAAAAGAAAAACGUACACGACAGAAGACGAAGCUAUCGAGAACAUUAAAGUUCCCAUUGGCGCCAUCAAAAACUCCUGGCAGAGAAAUAAUGCAUCAUUUACGAUAAUAUACAAAAUCUAG